UAUAUUUCCUUCCUGUUUGACGGUGUCUGCUAUUUAAAACCACGUCAAAGAAUAUGUUCGGUUAAUCAGUGUCCGGUGUUGUGUGACAUGUCGCUGGCUGCUGCUGGUGUGUCACUGAGGUGCUUUAGAGUCCCAUCGUGUCUCAGCGCUGCAGGAUGUAACAGAGGUCUGCAGCUUGUGGAGCCCGGUAUUGGAGGCGUCAGUCUGAUUCAGAGCAGAACGCACAGCCGCAUGCAGCACAGCAGCGCAGGGAAGCUUGUGCGGAAUGGAGAGAAUAAGAAAGCAGUGAUCUGUGUUGAGGGGAACAUUGCCAGUGGGAAGACAACGUGUCUGGAGUAUUUCAGCAAAACUAGCAAUAUAGAGGUCCUUACAGAACCCAUCUCUAAAUGGAGGAAUGUCCGUGGACACAACCCUCUGGCUCUGAUGUACCAGGAUCCUGAGCGCUGGGGCAUCACCCUGCAGACCUACAUUCAACUCACCAUGCUUGAUCGUCACUUGUCAUCCAUAACGGCUCCUGUCAGGAUGAUGGAGCGGUCCCUCUUCAGUGCCAAGUACAUCUUUGUGGAUAAUCUCUUCAGAAGUGGAAAAAUGCCAGAAGUGGACUAUGCUGUUCUCAGCGAGUGGUUUGAUUGGAUCACAACUAAUAUUUCCAUUCCUGUUGAUCUGAUUGUCUACCUGCAGACGUCUCCUCAGACCUGCCACGAGAGGUUAAAGCAGAGAUGCAGAGAGGAAGAGAAAGUCAUUCCACUGGAAUAUCUGGAGUCUAUCCACCAGCUAUAUGAAGACUGGCUCAUCAAGGAGACCUCCUCUCCUCUUCCUGCUCCUGUUUUAGUGAUCCCUGCUGACCAUGAUCUCCAGAAGAUGCUGCAACAGUUUGAAGAAAAUCGUGAAAAGAUCCUCGCUGCUAGUUGCAUCUGAUUCCUAAUACAAUCAUACAGACAAAACCAUAGUUACAUCUCUGUUACAUUUAUUUAGGUUUUUCACAACUAUAGCUUAUAACUUCUUUAAGAAUCAGAUUAUUCAUUUUCAGCUAUGUAAAACAUUCUCACCAAAAUGAUCAGCCAUAACAUUAAAGCCUGUUUGUUGUGGCUGGUAGGUGUUUGCUAUAUGUGACAGCUGGUUCUCACUAACAGGUUGGAGAAGCUUCAGAAACAGAACUAGCUUCAGUGCAAGUGAAACAUUCCACUGAAUAUCAGUAUGUAAAUAGAACAUUUUAAAUCUUGAAACACUUCCAAGUGUCGAGGAAUGUUGCAUUACAUAUAUAUAUAUAAACAUUUAGUGAUAAGUAAAAUCUGCAAUCCCAAGUUUUUAUUUUAUUACUUUCAUGUUGAGCAGACUAUUUGAAUGACUUGAGAAACGUGAGAUGUUAAGUGCUUUUUUAUCAGACUCUUUACACAUUUUAAGCACUCAUGAUUCCUCAGUGUUGAGCAGUGGAGCCUGACACAUACAAGGUCAAAUAAAUUGGAAAUUGUUUUAAUAUAUACUAUUGCUCUCAACCAGAUAAAAAUAAUAUAUAGCCAUUGUUUGUUGUGACAAUAUAUUCGGUUUAUAUAAAAUAAAAGUGAGUUAAAGUUACAAAAUAAUAUAAUAAAAUUGGUAAAUCCAACAAUUAAAUCUUACUUAUUUAUAUGGCUCCCUAGAUCAACCUUGCAUUUGUUACUAUUGAUUGACUUUUAGUGAACUAUUAAAGUUCUAAUUAGGGUUGCAAAGGGGCGGAAAGUUUCCGGUAAAUUUCCGGAAACUUUCCAGAAACUUUCCACGGGAAUAUUAAGCUCGGGAAUUUUG